AUAUUGCCGGCCCAGCAGUCGGUCGAGUAUAUACAUCCGCUUGUCCCCAUCGAAGCAUCUUCCCGUGGCCCUAACAUGACACACGAACGGACGGACCUGCACGCCCAGCGCCCACAAUCAAAUACAUAUGAUGCAAGCAGAUGACGCCGAGGACGCGGCUACCCAAUGCCGACGGGUAUCCAACAUGACACCCGCGCAGGUCGCGCGGAAACGUGCCAUCGACCGGGACAAUCAGCGCCACCUCCGAGCCAAGCGCAAGGCGCACACGAGACACCUGGAGGAGCAGAUCACCAGUCUCCAGCAGAAGCUGGCCGAGGCCGAGGCGCGGAUCGCGGUUCUGGAACGAGACACGCCACGACAGCCUCUACCAGGCCUGGACAUGACCUCACUCGCCAGCAUGACCAUGCCCCUCGAGCUCGGCCCGGGCAUCACGCUUGACAUGACACAGCAAGGCGGCUUGUUCGACUUGCUGGACAUGAACCUGGACACAGACCUACAUGUACACACAGACCUCGACGUGAACCUGCCCCCCGCCACCGACUGGGCCGUGCCCAUCAGGCACACGCCGCCCACGAACCGCCUGGACCGCUUCAUCACGGGCACUGUCGAGGCCUGGCGCGGCAGGCUGUCGAGCCGCCAGUCGGCCGAGCUCUCGGCGGCGUCCCAGUUCCCCAACGUCUCGGCCCUGCUCGAGCACCCGCCCGGUGCCCGCCUCAGGGCCCCCCCGGUGUCCGACUCCGACUCCGACUCCAUGUCGGGCAUCUCGGGCCAGCCCCUGUCCAGCGCCGCCUCCGCCCACAUCCACGGCAGCCCGCUGCAGCCGCUCGUCGAGCGCCUCGGCAUGCUGUACUGCCUGUCCCACCUCGUCCGUUGGCUCGUCUGCCUCUCGAGGGAGACGUACGACCGCAUGCCCGCCUUUAUGCGCCCGACGUCGCUCCAGCGCGCCGUCCCCCACCCGGCCUGGGUCGACCUCGUCCUCUUCCCGGCGGCGCGCGACGACAUUAUCCGCCUCCGCGACUGGUCCCCCGACCGCUUCGAGGCCUACCGCGCCGCCACGGCCCGAAGCCUCUCGGCCAAUUGGCCCUAUGCGGACUCGGGCGCCGUCGUCGAGUCCGAGUCGGGCGACCAUGACGGCCAGCGCGCCGCGCUCAACCCCAUCUUUGAGGCGCACGUGCGCAACCUCGACAACUGGACCGUCAGCCCCGAGGUCGCCGCUGCGUUCCCCUACAUGGCGCCCUACGUUCGGGUGCGGCGUGAGAGAAGCAUAGGAAAAAGGGCCUAGGAUACAUGUACGGAUAGAAGGAACCAGAUCAGGUUGCC